UCAGUGUAGUAGCCGGUUAUGGCGGCGGUGUGUGUUUGUCCAUGAGGUGGGGGACGCCUGCAAUUCUGUCACAGAGCGAUCCGAGCGAAGCGCUGCCAUGGCCGGAAUGUUUGACAUUGAUCUGGACCAGCCGGAGGAAAAUGGCUCCGACGAUGAGGUUGAGGAGGUGGAAAUCAGUGAUAUCAUGGACCAGUGCACUGGAUUUGAGUUCAACAUGGACGACUGUGAGAAGAUCGAGAUAUCGGAGGACAACGUGAACCAGGGGACGGAGAACAUCCGACCGGAGUGCUUCGAGCUGCUGAGGGUCCUGGGGAAAGGCGGAUAUGGAAAGGUUUUUCAAGUCCGAAAAGUCGUCGGAGCUGCAUCGGGCAAAAUAUUUGCCAUGAAAGUUUUAAAAAAGGCUAUGAUUGUUCGCAACGCCAAGGACACGGCCCACACCAAGGCAGAGAGGAACAUCCUGGAGGAGGUGAAGCACCCCUUCAUCGUGGAUCUCAUCUACGCCUUCCAGACGGGGGGGAAGCUGUACCUCAUCCUGGAGUACCUGAGUGGAGGAGAACUGUUCAUGCAGCUGGAGAGGGAGGGCAUCUUCAUGGAGGACACAGCCUGCUUCUACCUGGCGGAGAUCUCCAUGGCGAUGGGUCACCUGCACCAGAAGGGCAUCAUCUACAGAGACCUGAAGCCUGAGAACAUCAUGCUCAACAACCACGGUCAUGUAAAGCUGACCGACUUCGGGCUGUGUAAAGAGUCCAUUCACGACGGCACAGUCACACACACGUUCUGCGGCACCAUCGAAUACAUGGCUCCGGAGAUCCUGAUGAGAAGCGGACACAACAGAGCGGUGGACUGGUGGAGCCUCGGCGCUCUGAUGUACGACAUGCUCACAGGAGCGCCUCCCUUCACGGGUGAAAACCGGAAAAAGACCAUCGACAAGAUCCUGAAGUGUAAGCUCAGCCUCCCGCCCUACCUCACACAAGAAGCCAGAGAUCUCCUGAAGCGGUUGUUGAAGAGAAACGCCUCAUCGCGGCUGGGAGCGGGCGCAGGAGACGCCACAGAAGUGCAGGCUCAUCCCUUCUUCAGACACAUUAACUGGGAGGAUCUGCUGGCUCGGAAAGUGGAGCCUCCCUUCAAACCUUUCCUGCAAUCAGCUGAAGACGUGAGUCAGUUCGACUCCAAGUUCACCAGUCAGACUCCGGUGGACAGCCCGGACGACUCCACCCUCAGCGAGAGCGCAAACCAAGCCUUCCUGGGCUUCACGUACGGCCCGUCAGUCCUGGAUAACAUCAAAGAAAGGUUUUCAUUUGAGCCAAAAGUCCGCUCACCCCGACGGAUCGUGGGCAGCCCGAGAACUCCUCUCAGCCCGGUGAAGUUCUCCGGGGCGGAGUGCUGGGCCCGAAGCCCCCUCCUCACCGGCAGGGGUCCGAGUGUCAUGCAGUCCCCUCAGGACCAGGCCAUGGAGCUGUCCACCCCGGAGCAGAUGGACAUGACCUCCAACUCCGAGGCCUCGGCCCCCCUCCCCAUCCGCCAGCCCACGGGGGUCCACCUGGGUCAGAUGAAGCAGCAGGCCUACCCCGUGGUGGCUAAACGCCCCGACCAUCUACGUAUGAACCUAUGACCCGCCGCGCCUCUUUAGGAGAGUUUAUUUGGUGACUCUUUAUUUUUUUUCCCCUUCUUUUGUUGAUAUUUUUUAAAGCAAAAAAAACCACAUGGAUGCUAGAGACAAAUACAAUCCAAAUACACACACUCCAUAUACUGUCACAGCAGGGAGUGUGUGCGUGGGUCUGCAGCGACAUCGCCACGUCUCCACCUCGUCUUCUCACGCUAUGACCUGGACUCGUAGGACUGGAAACUCUUGAGGAAAUAAAUCCAAGGCGAUAAUAAAUCAAAGUAUGCAAGCAAUUUCCUCCUAAGUCUGUACUAGACGACGUCCAAAGUGCUGAGUGCUAUUUAAAUGAAUGCCUGUGAGGGAUCUGCUUCCAUCGGGAGACCUUGACACUUCUUAUUCUUCUUAGACAAAGUGCUUCCUGGCUCUCAAUAAAAUGAUAUGAUUUCUUAGGAAAAAAAUAAAAGAUCAAAGAAUCAUUAUGAGCGGCGGACAAAUAAAAGGUUCUGGUGUUGAUGAAUAUAGCUUUAUGUCUUACGAUGUUUUACAAAAAGGAUGCAUUAACAGUGCUAUACAUCAAUCAGAGAGCUUCAAUUAAACGUUUUAUUCAGCGUUGGUGUUGUGGAGGAUUUAUUUGACGUUGGAAUACUUCAGUAAUCUGCUACCAUGUGGGAUGUAUCAGCCUGAUAACCCAAAGCUGAUCUCGGUGCUGCUUCCUGCGACGAUCAUCGGACCCCCGACUGACCCCCAGGAGAGACGCAGGCCGCGGCUCCAGUUGAUCUGGACGCUGAGCAGCAGUUAUCGGGUUCAAUGCUCCAAAUACUCGGGGGUAUAAUACACAGCCUGUUCCAUCAGCGUUCACUUGUUUAGGAGGGACAUUUUGGAAAUCCCAAAAAGCAAGUUCAAUUAUAAUAAAAUGUAAAAAAAAA